CACUUCCUAGCUUUGUGACAUCACCCAAGAACGUCCAAGUGACCGCAGGCAAUGUGGCCAAGUUUGAGUGCUUGGUCAGUGGUAACCCUCAACCGGUGUACUUCUGGUCGAAGGAGGGCACCCAAGUGCUCAUGUUUCCCGGCAAUACGUAUGGCAAGUUCGCCGUCUCCAACGACGGCACGCUGAGCAUUGCCAAUGCUGAGAAGGAAGACCAGGGCUUCUACAUUUGUUCUGCCGUCUCCAAGGUGGGCUCGACGAUCAAUCGAGCGCACUUGUCCGUGAUGGUGCUCUCCGAUGUGCCUCCUCCUGUUAUUCGACUUGGUGCUGCCAAUCAGACACUGCCACAAGGCACUAAAGCCUUCCUGCCUUGCGAAGCCACCGGCUACCCUCAAGUCACGCUGAAGUGGUUCUUCAACCAGAAACCCAUCUACAACGACACUCACUACACCAUAACAGCCAACUCUCUGCACAUACAAAAUAUUCAUCAAAGUGACACCGGCAUCUACACCUGUCUGGCGUCAAACAGCAACGGCAUGAGCACUUGGAACUCGCGACUGCACGUCGAAUCGCCGCGGAAUCCCAACAUCAACUUCCACAAAAUGCCCGAUCCGUCCACCUUUCCGGAGGCGCCCAGCCGUCCGGUGGUGGUGAACGUCACCGAGAGCACCAUCACACUGAUGUGGCACCGACCGGGCAGCAGCGGUGCCUCUAACCACCUCGGCUGCAUGCUCGAGUACUACAGUCCCGACAUAAAGAGUGGCUGGGUGGAGGUGGGCAGACGCAUCUACAGCGACGUCCAUACGGUGCACAGUCUGCGGCCAAACACUCGCUACAUGUUUGUGGUUCGGGCGGAGAACAAGCACGGCAUCGGCCUGCCUAGUCCUGUCUCCGAGGAGAUCACCACCUCUGACCCGUACAGCUCGCAGACAAUGGCCGAUGUGGACAUUAACCAGGCGCGCUCAUGGCUGAACGACGUCAGCAUUCGCCUUCGUGACCUGCGCACCAUCAGCUCCGUCUCCGUGAAGCUGAUCUGGUCGGUGGUGGGCAACUCGGAGCUAAUCGACGGCUACUACAUUCGCUACCAGCACCUUAAGUCGUCGAGCAUUGAGCUGCAGAGCAACAAAUUCAACCUGGUCACCGUUUUUGGCGGCUCCUCCUCUUCUUACAUACUCACUGAUCUGCGGAAGUACGCCGUCUACCAGUUCUUCAUUGUGCCCUUCUUCAAGAGCAUUGAGGGCAAGCCGAGCAAUUCGCUGACGGUGCGCACCUACGAAGACGUGCCCUCCUCUCCGCCGCUCUCGCUCAGUGCAAAAGCGCUGAACUCCACCUGCGCACUGCUGACGUGGGCACCGCCCUCUGAAGAGACCCAGAACGGACAACUUCUUGGCUACAACCUGGAGAUAUUGGAAAACAGGACACUGCUGUACGCCAAUCUCACCUUGGACGUUUCCCUGAACUCCAUAGUGCUGUACAAUCUCUCGCUGACGUCCUUCUACUCUAUUCGCGCCGCCGCCUUUACAGCUGUGGGCACUGGUCCGUACAGUUCACCUCUCAGCUUGAAUGUAGAGUCGGCGUUGCAAAGUGUGGCCAAUGGCGAUGAAGGCAACAUUCACCAGCAGCCCUCUGCCUACCCAACAGCUCCAAGUACUCCAGCUUUCCGGNAUGAGAAGGCGCACAGUCUGAACGAGAACUACAGCGACAACUUUCCCAAAUAUGACAGCAACAGCUCCAAGUACUCCAGCUUUCCGGAUAACAAUGAGUACGCUGAAGUGAACGAUCUGAAGAACUACAAUGAGAACCAGGAAAAAAUCACCUUGAUGCCGUACGCGAUGACGCCGCUGAUUGAGCAGAAGGGCAGCAGCACCAACAGCUCACGCACCAGCUACAACCCGUCGCCCAGAGCGGCUUUCCUGGUGGCCAACGAGAACGAGCUGGCCACUGAAAGUUUGCUUAAUGAACGCAAAGCCAACUACAGUAACGGCAGCAGUGGAUUAGUGAACAUGGCCAAUAGCGUCAAUCGGGCCAACUUUCUCCAUCGAACUAAUGGGGCGACCGGUGGCGGUGGACCGGAGCUGGCAGCGGGCAAUAAAAGGCUGCCGCCCCCACGAGCGCUCAGUCAGAUGAGCAACGAAUACGAGAGCACCAAUGAUAUUGAGCUCCCCGGCAAGGGGAAUGUCCACUCGCUGGACGCCUACGAGGAUAACUUAAGU